CUGCCGGCGAUCAGGCUGUUCUCUAAUCGUCAAGUAUUUGUCUGCAUUAAGUUGGAGAACCUGGCCGCAGCCUGCCAUGACUCUUCCACCGUCCUCGGAGAGCGCAACCUUUCUCAACGCCAUUUGCCUUAGGAGUUGUAUUCGACAAGAAGUCAACCUUAUUCGCAAUCCGAGAUCCCUCGAUCGCUCAGGACCAAAUGUCUCGCGAAAACCGUCGAUCAGUUCGUCGCCAGGUCCGCGACAGCCCUUACCUUAGGUUUCUGAAACUCAACGACUUCAACAGCCCAGACACUUUAGGAUGGUCUGGGAAAGGAAAUCAUGUCGAGUAUCAGCGUCACGGAGAUGUCCCGCUCACGCUGGGCGACUGUCUAGGCCGGGGCAGCUAUGCCAUCGUCCAGAGGGUGAUCUGUUCGGACACCGAUAAACGACCAUUGGCCCAAAAGAUCAUAUUGGACUAUAGAACAGGCGGAAUCGAGAAGGUUAUGACCGAAGUCAAAUGCAUCCAACAUCUCCGCCAUCGCCAUAUUGUCCAGCUUGUCGGCACGUAUGUGGUGAGAUGGACUCUCCACAUCCUACUAUUUCCGGUUGGACAGUGGAAUCUCCGGCAGUUCCUCCAAGAAUUCGAGGAUGAGAAAAUGGAAUCGAAAGCAUAUCCGGACUUCUACAGCCUUGGGACAUUCUUCAAAUGUCUGGCUUGCGGUGUGGCGUACCUCCACGAGGAGGUUGUUCCUCAUAUCAUCAAUUUGGACAUCAAGCCGGAGAACAUUAUAGUACGGCGAUGUUCCGACCGGCGACUGAGUGUCUUUAUAACCGAUUUCGGCGUGUCAAGGAGCUUUCAGCCGAGCUCCCCCAGCACAGACGCCAACACACUGUACACGACGCCUAUUUACCAAGCGCCCGAGAUCGCCAAGAAGCGAGAGUAUGGACGGAAAGCCGACAUAUUCUCUUUGGGGUGCGUUUACUCUGAGAUGGCUACGAUCUUAGCGGGGAAAACCGUGCAAGCUUACAGCAAACAUCGCGAACAUACUCUUCCCGGAAUCAUACAACCCAGUAUUGCUUUUGAGAGUAACCUUGGCGCAUCGAUGAAGUGGCUCGAAGAGCUCAAGUCUCUCUCUCCGCUCAAAAAGCCAUCCACCGGGCGGAAUAUCGCAUGGUGGUCCAGUUUACUUGAUCGAAUCGAGAAGAUGAUGUCCGCAUACCCCGAUGAUCGGUACACAAGUGAAGAACUCGUCAAUUCGUUUCCCCCUGGCCCCUGUUGUAGGGUGCCUUUGGAGGAAUAUCAGGUGCUUGAGCAAUCUCUACAAGCUUCCGACUGUGCCGGGCGAUUGGCAAGCGAUCACGCAAGCACCGAGGCAUCUCCUUCUCUAACGUCAGCCUCUACUCCAGUCUCCGAAGAGGCUUCCGAGCCUGCCUCGCUCCAAGAUGCACCUAGUUCCGCUUUCCAAGAGGUCGAGAUAGCUCCCGAUCCAGAGCCGCAAAUUGCUCUACUAACGGAGCCGUCCGAGAGCGAUCCAUCUUUACCCCAAUUCGACUGGUCAGGAAAAGGAUUCCAUGCUCAGUACGACAACCCGAAAGAGGUACCGCUCCAGUUACUUGAAAUGCUGGGAGCAGGCGCCGCAUCUUCAGUCCUCAAAGUGCAGACUACCAACAAGGGCCCCUACGUUUUCGCACAGAAGAGUCUGGAGAUAAGAGGGCAUCGACUGAGGUUGGAAAUGCUGAUGCGAGAGGUUGAAGUCCUUCAGAAACUCAGACAUCCGCAUAUAGUGCGGCUUACAGGCACUGCAUACGAUAAGAGGUUCUUCUCUAUCCUGACCUACCCAGCUGCAGACUGGAACCUGACCAAUUUCAUGGAGCAACUGGAAGGAGAGCCGUCAUCCUCUAGAGACCCUAUCAUCGUAGAGCGGAAGGAAGCUCUACUAAAGUUCACCACUUGUCUCAUCCAUGCUCUCGAGUACCUGCACCGGCGGGGCAUUAGGCAUAAGGAUAUCAAACCGAGUAACAUACUGGUGCAGAGGUGGGGUACAGAAGGUCACGGAUAUCACGUCUACCUCUCAGAUUUCGGUAUCUCCACCCAGAUGGGCGCUGACGACAUAAGUGUGACUACGGGUCCCGCGUCUUACACGCCCCGAUAUGCGUCGCCGGAAACACUUCGUCUCGAGCGCCGUGGUCGCGCAUCAGACAUAUUCUCAAUGGGCUGUGUGUGGGUGGAGAUGUAUACCGUCAUCAUAGGGGAGACUCUCGCCUCGCUCUCCGAGCACCUUGAAACUCUCAGUGGCGCCCCAGGGGACGAUUACGAGAGUGACGGAGUCGACGAUGGGGCCAAUGCACCACCAGUGGAGCAGGACGGUAGUCUUGGACUAUACCGGCAUAGUGCUGGGGCGUCCUAUGCGAGCAGACUAAAGAGCACCGUAGGGUGGAUACACAGGCUGCGGAACUUCUGCACGAUGCACGCAUCGCUAAUCGGCGGCGAAUGUGGCAAGUUCUCAGGCCUGGAUAUAUCUGCGGAGAUGCUGGAAACUCGUCUAGACUACGUUGAGAGCAUGAUUGAGGAAGACCCCCACAAACGGCCCGUAGCACCCUAUCUCUGCAGAGUACUCGAGCCAAACGACUGCUGCACCUCACAAAUUAGUCCUUACGACACCGAAAUUGCGCAGGCGAAAUCCGUUCCUGAAAUGCUUCCACCCAGCACGCGACCAAACACCAUAGGACCAAUCACGCAUUCGCCGGCGCAAAGCACGCAUUCAGUUGAAAAACAUCCGAUUCGACCACAGACGCUUCCGGCGCAGACAAGCCCAGCAGUUCCUACCCGCAGCAAGCUCCCAAAGAUCAAGCGUUGGAUGUCAUCCCACUUGCGGAGGGCGAGCACUACGAGUUCCAAUAGCAAUUCGAGGUCCCCAGAGAGGACUACCAAGUCGCCUCUAGUUCGAACUGCUACUGGACUAAUGGAAAGUCCGAAACGAGAGAAUCAAAAUAUAACACCCUCGUAGAACUUAACGCGGAAGAUUCAAUAAUGGAUGGCGGCGUUUAUUAUGAUAAGUCUAGGCGUUUCGGCGAAUAAAUAGUCGUAGUGUCGCUCUUAGCUUCAAUCAUCUUACUCGGUCAGGUCGUGAAUGAUUCAUGAACAUGGCCCGUGAACAGCUCUUUGGCGAUUUCGUUCCAGG